AUGUCUUGGGACCGAGUGCUUCCCGCCCCGCCUGGUCUGCACUAUGAUUCUCUUCAAGUCAGACCUGGAGAUUUAUUUGACCACAAGAUCAUGAACGACCCCAAAUCUCAUGCUCCUUUAGCUUACCGCCCGGACUCGCUCAAGUAUGAUGUCCGGGCUGUGGCUAUGCCUCAAGCCCACCAACAGAUGCAACAGAUGACGUACCAAGGAAGACCUAUGUCAAGAAAUGAUCAGCAAGAUUUGAUAUCCCAUUCUGUUCAGGGUAGUCCUCAUCUUGAUCCACACCUCAGUGUCAACCCAGUGAUGAGACAGGGUUCGAUCGUUUCGAAGGAUCUUUCACGAUCGUCUUCUUCUUCAGGAAGUGCGAGUCCAGCUCGUUCUGUCAAGGAAAGAGAUACGUUCUGUCUCUGUCAGCCGGAUCCAAAGGUUCCUCGGCCUCGCAAUGCUUUUAUACUGUAUCGCCAACAUUACCAGGCGACUGUUGUUGCUCACAAUCCGGGUAUGGCUAAUCCGGAUAUCUCCAAAAUCAUUGGCGUGCAAUGGAGAAACCUCUCAGAAGAGGAAAAAGCCAAAUGGAAGGCCCUGGCAGAGGAGGAGAAGAUCCGUCAUAAUCAACAAUAUCCGGGCUAUCGCUACCAACCACGAAGAAGUGGUAGAGAUGGCAACCCCCGUGGCCCAGGAACAGGCCUCACCAACAACCCAUCUGGUGGAACUCACUGCACUCGAUGUGGUGGUCGUUUCAUGCACCCACCUUCUCCAAUGACUCCAUUCGUACCAGCUGGAACGACCGAGUAUCGUCCAUCCGGUCUCUCACCACCGAUGACACACAAACCCACUAUGACCGCUAAGAAUGCAUACUCUGAGUCUAAGAUGGUCAAUAUCGAAGCACUAGACUCACGCUCCAGAUCAAGACACGCCGAUGAAAUGGGCGGACGGACACCCGAAAUGAAACGUCGCCGUGUUUCUCAAACAAGUCUCAAGACACCAGGUGUAAUGACCCACCGAGACCGAACUCCCGAGUCUCUAUACCAACAACCCCAAUAUAAUCAUCGCACGGAUAUGCAGCAGCAGCGAAAUGUGCUUCCAAUGCUCCAUCCUCAGCGUCAGUAUGGUAACAUGCCGGCUCAAUCACACCCUGAUCCAAGUUUGAAGCUGCCACCUCUUCAAACCGGUACUCCCGUUAUGACACCAGUCACACCACACUUCUCAAUAGAACCCAGUGUGGAAACCACUGUCAUGACAAUACCAUUCCUCAACAAAAUCAAAGUCCUCGCCAAAAUAUCUCCACCCUUAGUUCCCUCAUUCAGGGAAUCAACUCCCCAAAUCCGGGGUCCUGUCAUCGCAGUUGACGGCCAUGACCCAGAACUCGUCCAUAUCGCCGUCGAGUACCUCAACCGCCUCCUUCAAAAAGAAUCAAAAUACCACGUCCAAGUGUUUCCAGGACCGGAUAUUAAAGCUCAGCGUGAAGCUACCCCAGAAGGAGGGCAGAUGGGCGAUGCAACAGUCGAUUACCUUGACACGAUUUCCGCAUGGCACCGAAUCUCCGACGAGGUAAUCACCUUCGUCAAGUCCAUCUCCACAGCCGGAUCCGUUGACUCAAGGUAUACACCCGAGGAAGAACAAAACUUAAGCCUCUCACCAAAAUCAUUGGUUCCCAAGACAGCCACGAUGCAAAUCCACUCACCCGCCCAAUCAAGUGAGAAUGGAUCCGAUGCUAGCGCCGUCUCACCUAGCGUGAUUAGUAACAGCACAAUCCCAGUUGCUAUUGUACCACGCUACCAACUCACAACGGCUGAUGCAUUUGCCUGCUCUAUUCCUAUUAAUGAUUCGUAUGCACCGCUGGAUCACUGGAAGUGGAUGGCAUCUCUUUGGCGUGCUUGCGUCGGUCCUGAUAUUACCGUGUAUAUUCGGGAAUGUUCGCGGGAGGAAUUGGAGCGCGCAGGUGGUAAUGCUGUUGAGGUGAGAUUGAAUGAUGUGAGGACUAUUGUUCUAAGGAAGGUUUCUGGGACUGGUCAGGAGUUAGAAGAGAAGGCGUUAAGACGCGUUGGGUUUGAGAUUGAGGAUUUCUUGACGCAGUGA